AUGAUUAUUUUGCUACUUUGCUCAAUUUUAGGUGUCUACUCUGGAGCACCUGGUCUUUUUAAAGCGCCUACAUUACUAUCAAAAUCAUCCCAACCUAAAUCAAGCUGGGAUCUUACAAUGGAAGAAUUUGAUGCCCUUCAAAAUAAUUUCAAACGUUCUUACAAUGAUUUCGUUAAAUGGGGAGAAAAACUUCAUGAACUGAAAAUGCAAGCGAGUGAUGAGAUAUUAAAAGAAUUAUUUGGAAACGUAGGAAGAAGAGACUUUAAAAAAGAAAUCAGGAGAUGCGGAUUGUUUACACAUGUUGAAGCUGAUUUAAAAUAUGUUAAAAAUGUAUGCAAGGCAGACAGCCCAAGUUAUGAAUUUAUUAAAGAUAUAUUAAGCAGCUUAAAAGAGUCUGCAAGCUCAUGUGAAACUUUACCUGUGAAGCAUAAAGAUGAAAUUAUUAAAAUUUAUGAGGAGUAUGGAAAUAAGCCAACAAGUUUUCUCGAAAUUGAAGAAAGCAUUAUGGAAGCAAUUCUGCAAGGAGAAGGAUCAGUAGGGUUUCUUGAAAACAUGCUAGGAGUUGGAAUGGAAUCGAAUGCUGAGAUGGAAUUGAAAGAUAUGGAUAAUGCUAGUGAAGACAAGAAAGUAAAACCUAAAUUUAUUGAGCUUGAAAAAGGAGGAGUUUUUGAAUCUGUUGUUCUUAUUGAAGAUAAUAAGAAAAGUGAUAAUUUGUCUGAGGAAGAAAUAGAAGGAGACUUAGUAGAGGAGCUAGAAGAUGUGAGUGAAGAUCUUCAAGACUCAGAUGAAGGGUUAAUUCAGCAAAUUGACAUAAUACCACCUGUUGAUUUACAAACUGGGCCUGAAGAAAUAUUAGAGUCAUUAGAAGAAGAGAGCUCUGAAAAUUUAGAAAGUGAAGAAGAAGAAGAAGAAGAAUCUUUGCAAAGUGUUGAAGACGCUGAUGAAACUGCCUUGAUAAGUGUAGAGGAGACUGCUGCUGAUGAGCCUGUGCUAAUAGAUGCAGAGGAAAGUGUAGCUGAAUCUGAACAAGAAAGUGAAAUGGUCGAGGAAGGUCAGGAUAAUAAUUCUGAAAUCAAAGAAGAAGCUAAUGAUAUCAAAACUGAUACUGCUUCUGAACAAGUAUCUAAGCCUGCUAGUGAGAAAGUGGAUGAUAUAAAAAGUGUUGAUGAAAUAAUAGAGAAUCCACUUCAAACUAUUAUAGACAACUAUGCCAAGGAUACAGAGAACUUGUGUAACGAAUUUCAUGAGCUUGUUUCUCAAAUUAUCAAGCUUACAGAUUCUGGGCAUAUCAUUAUGAAUAGAUUCUUCAUUGAGUAA